AUGGCGUCCAGCGACCCGAAUCGUUACGACGAUUCCGAGUCCGACGACGACAACUUCAACCCGGCACCGGCAGACGUCUCAGACGAGGAACCCGCCCGCGAUGAGGACGAUGAGGUGCCCGGACAGCGAUCCCGCGAUGAUGCUGCGCGAAGCAGCCCCACAGCCGACGAGGACGGCGACGACGAUGAAGACGAGGUUCGCGCCACUAACGGCAAGUCGAAGGCCUCGAACAAAGGCGAUGAUGACGAGGAUGCCGAGAAUGGCGAGGAUGAUGAUGAGGAUGGUGGAAGUCGUCGACGGAGAAACGACGAUGAUGAAGAUGACGAAGAGGAUGAGGACGACGAAGAUGAUGAUGACGAUGACGAUGUCCAAGGAGGUCAUCGUCGCAAGCGCCGGCGAGACAGGCGAAAUGCCUUCUUCGAUAUCGAAGCCGAGGUCGACGACGAGGAUGAGGGCGAGGAUGACGAGAAAGACGGCGAGGAGAUAGAGGACUUCAUCGACAACGCGCAUCCGGAUGACCUUGCUGAGACCGGUCGCAUCAAUGAUGACCGAUACCAUCGAGAGCUUGAUAGGCGCAAGGAGAUGGAGGACAGCGUCGACGCAGAACAGCUCGCGGAAAAUCUUCGACAGAGAUAUGGCAAUCGACGCCCUGCGCGCGGCUUCGGCGACUCCGCCGUCGUGCCCAAGCGGCUCCUGCUCCCCGAUGUCAUGGACCCCAGCAUCUGGGCAGUACGAUGCAAGGAAGGCAAAGAGCGGGAGGUUGUCUUUUCCAUCAUGAAGAAGAUCGAGGAGCGCAUGAACACCAAAGAUGAGCUUGCGAUUACCUCGGCAUUUGAACGUGGUGGUCCACAGUCGGUGAUGAAGGGGUACAUCUACGUUGAGGCUCAACGACAGACUGACAUCUUGCUUGCCCUCGACGGGAUGCUUAACGUGUAUCCCCGGACGAAGAUGCUGCUUGUCGACAUUAAGGACAUGCCUGAUCUUCUGCGUGUGACGAAGACGCCCAAUCUGGAACCCGGCGCAUGGGUUCGCCUAAGGCGGCCAGCCAAGCAUGCCGGCGAUCUUGCCCAAGUCCUUGAUGUCACCGAGAAUGGUCUGGAGGUACGAGUUAAGUUCAUCCCACGUCUUGAUUACGGCCUUCGUGAUGAGGCCAUUGCGAAUGCGCAGAUGACCCCGGAUGGCAAGCGAAAGCGUGCGCCUGGCAUGCCUGGACCUCGCCCCCCACAGAGGCUCUUCAGCGAGGUUGAAGCCAGGAAACGCCAUCCUCGACACAUCCAGGGCAAUCCGCAGACCAACACCUGGACUUAUAACGGGGAUGAGUUUGAGAACGGCUUCCAGGUCAAGGACAUCAAGAUUCAGCAAUUGGUCGUCAAAGACAUAAACCCUACGCUCGAGGAAGUUACGAAGUUCGCAUCGAGCUCUGAGGAUGGUGCCGAGAACCUGGACCUCAAAGCCCUCGCGGCCAGUUUGAAGGAUAGUAACCUGAAUGUCACCUAUCUACCUGGUGAUAUUAUCGAGGUUUAUGAGGGCGAACAACGAGGUGUUGUUGGAAAGGCAACCAAUGUGCAAGGCGACAUUGUUACGCUCCAAGUCACAGAGGGCGAACUUUCCGGACAAACUAUCGAAGUGCCUACAAAGGGUCUUCGGAAACGCUUCCGACCUGGUGACCACGUCAAGGUUAUUGGUGGGAGCCGGUUCCGUGACGAAGUUGGUAUGGUAGUCAAGAUUUCUGACGAUCGCGUCACUCUUCUGACAGAUCAGACGAAUACUGAGGUUACCGUUUUCAGCAAGGACUUGAGAGAGGCAGAUGAUAUUGGUGGCCAGGGCUCACUCGGCCAGUACUCUCUGCUCGACCUGGUUCAACUGGAUGUUACGACCGUUGGCUGCAUCGUUAAGGUUGAUCGCGAGUCUUUGGUAGUCUUGAACCAGCAUGGCGACACCAGGCAGAUUAUGCCAUCCCAGAUCUCCAACAAACUUGAAAAACGUAAGACAACUGUUGCUGCUGAUCGUAAUGGAUCAGAGAUCAGGUUGGACGACGUCGUCAAGGAAUAUGGGGGCCAGCAACGCCAAGGCAAAAUUAUUCACAUUCAUCGGUCAUACCUGUUCCUUCACAGCAACGAUAACCACGAGAACGCCGGAGUGUUCGUGACCCGUGCUAGCAAUGUCAGUACCAUUGCUGCGAAGGGUGGUCGCGUCAACGCUCCGUCUACCGCUGGUCCUGAUCUGAGUACGAUGAACCCUGCCCUGAAGCGCAACCCUAACGGAAACGGCAAUGCUAUGACAGCGCCUCCUCGGGUCUUUGGUCGCGAUCGGGCUCUUGGGCAGACUGUUACCGUGAGAAAAGGCGGCUAUAAAGGUCUUCUUGGUAUUGUCAAGGACACCACCGACACUCACGCUCGUGUAGAGCUACAUACCAAGGGCAAAAUCAUCACAGUACCAAAAGCCGAUUUGUCAUUCAAAGACAAGGUUACUGGCCGUGUCAUCGACAUUAACGGCAGAGGAGGCCACGGUGGCGGCCGUGGCGGUUUCGGCGGUGGAAAUCGUGGAGGAUUUGGUAAUAAUGAUCGUGAACCGAGCUGGCAAGGCGGUCGUACUCCUACUGUGACUUCAGGCUCCGAACGAACUCCGGCAUGGGGUUCUUCAAAGGGUAAGUCAAGGUAUGGCACAUCGCAUUACUUCAUGAAGCUAAUCUUGAACAGCAACUUCGCAUACUCCUGCCUGGAGCCGUAA